AUGAGGAUCCAAAUUAAGGGAGGAAUAUGGAAGAACUGCGAAGAUGAGGUGCUGAAGGCGGCUGUGAUGAAGUACGGCCUGAACAAUUGGUCUAGAGUUGCGUCUCUUCUGGUGAGGAAGUCAGCCAAACAGUGCAAGGCCAGGUGGUAUGAGUGGUUAGACCCAUCAGUGAAAAAAACUGAAUGGAGUAAGGAGGAAGAAGAGAAACUCCUACAUCUGGCCAAGCUAUUUCCAACACAAUGGAGAACAAUUGCACCCAUAGUUGGAAGAACAGCCAAGCAGUGUUUGGAUCAUUAUGAAUACCUCCUGGAUGAAGCAGAAGGGAAGGUAUACGACAAGAACAAAAAUCCGAGACAUUUGCGACCAGGGGAAAUAGAUCCUGCACCGGAAACGAAACCUGCAAAGGCUGAUCCCGUGGAUAUGGAUGAAGACGAAAAAGAAAUGUUAGCAGAGGCGAAAGCAAGGCUUGCAAAUACCAAAGGGAAGAAGGCAAAAAGGAAGGCCAGAGAAAAGCAGUUAGAACAAGCUAGACGGUUGGCAUUGUUGCAAAAAAAAAGAGAGCUAAAAGCCGCAGGAAUUGUUUCUACCACCACGGGAUACAAAAAAAAUGAUAAACAUAGAAUAGAUCAUGUGAAGGAGAUUCUAUUCGAAAGAAAACCAGCCAAGGGAUUCUUCGACGUGAGUGAAGAGCAGUCACUUACCCAUUUCGAUGAAAAAAAAGAUAACAAAUUUAAAAGCAUAAAAUCAAUGGACGUGAAUAAUAUAAAUGAUGUAGCAUUGGGUCCGCACGAUGACAAUGAUGAGGCAGAUGCUUCGAGGAAGAAAGGAUCGUCCAAAGGUAAACGAAAUAAUAAUGAAGAGAAGGAUCUCCUUUCAGCCAUCGAAAAUUACGACAAGCAGUACAACGAAUUGAGUCAUCUGAGAAAAAGGGUUCGACUGAAUCUACCAGAACCCAUUUUAAACGAAAAUGAAUUGGAAGAAAUAAUUCAAAUAAAUAAAGAAGCUAGCUCGUUCAAUAAAAUUAUAAAAGAACAAAAUGAAAAGAACAACCAAAACGGAUUAGCCGUUAGCAAUAUUCUCCCAAGUGUGACCAGCUCCCCUUUUAUGUUAAACGAGAGGGACAAAUUUUCAUCCAUCGGAACGAACUUUUACAGUAAAUCCAUUGCCUUUUCAAGCAAACUAGAUUUUGGCAUACGGCAAGCCGCACAAAGUAUUAUAUCAAGAAAUGUGAACGAACCCAUCAUUGGGAUGGGGGAUUCCAUACAAACAAAGCAGCAGAUGAAGAAGAAUCAGGGGGGGGAGCAGGUUGAGGAUGACGCGCACCAUCCCAAUGGGGAUGAUGAAGAAGAGUACUCUCCUAUGCUUCACGAUGAACCGGAAAAUAUUGCACAAAAUGUGCAAGCAGUGAGAGAAGAAAUAGAAAACUCAAAAAAAUUGAACCAGAAUGAAGUUCCCAUCAAAGCGAGAAACCAUUUAAAGGAGAAAAUUAUAAAUGACAUUAGGAGCUACCAAAAAAAUGCAAGUCUCUAUGCCCAGUCGUUAAUAUCUUACAAAAUUGGAAAAAAUGAAAAUUCCGUUUUGGGUGGGAAUACUCUGCUAAGCGAAUUGUACGAUGAGGAUUACGAAGAAAAAAUUGACAGAGCUAAAUUGCUCAUAAAAUCUUCCCUAGCACAUUUGCCAAAAGAAUCCAAUGUGAUUGAGUUACAAAUUCCGGAAGAGUUAAAUGAAGAGGAGUCGGAAAUAAAAUAUGAACCCGUUCAGGUAGAAAAAGACAUGCAAGAUAUCGAAAAGGAGAAAAAAAUGGAGCAACUUAAAAAGGAACAGGAAAGGUUUAAUAGCCAAAAUAAAGUUAUUAGGUGGAAUUUGCCAAGACCAUAUUUCCUUCCCCAAAUAAAUCUAACCCCAUCCGUACCCAUGCCUAGCACUCUAGAGGAGGAAACAUCAAAAGAGGUGGAAAAUGCAGUACUUAGCGAAAUGCACCUUUUGAUCAGAAAUGAUAUGUUUAAUUACCCAAUGAAAAAUGGCACGCCCAUUCAGAAAAGGGUCCCUCUAGAUAAUGUAGACAAGACGUACAUGAGAAUGGCCAUCCAGUUUGUCCAGGAUGAGUUGCAAAAUAUUACGCCAGCGAAUGGUGAUGUGGGAAAACUCGAGGAGGAACAGCCAAAUGGGUUGAAUCCCUCUAAUGAAGCCACUACGUUGCCCAUCCGCCAACAACACAAUGUAGAAACAUGGAGCAAAAUAAACGAGAAAGUACUCUUCUGCCCCGCGAAAAAAUGUUACACGUUUAUCGACUGCAUGAGCGAACGUGAUAUCAAAGAAAGUUACAAAAACACAUGCGACAAGCUUAACAACUUUAUUAAAAAAAAUGUUGAGCUAUAUAAAAAAACAGAAAACAAAUACGACAUAUAUACAAAGGGUUAUGAGCUAAAAAUUAAGGGUUAUAAAAAAUCCUUCGAUUCACAAUUCAACACGUAUAUAAAUUAUUCAAACGAGAAGGACGCGCUGAACGCUCUGCAUGAGCGGGAGAAAGCACAUGCCCGUAAGCGCAUUCAGGAGGAACGAGAGGAAAACAAAAAAGAAAUUGAGUACCACAAGUCUCUCCAGCGGCUGUACGUCGAGCUGCUUCAGGACAACAAGCGUUUGCGGGAGGGAGACACCAGAUCGGUUUCCGUCCAGUAG